UCAAUCAAUCAUACUCUUUAAAAAGCAUCACUCUCUCUCUCCUUCUUGAUCAUUUCUGCACUCUGCAAUAGCUUUUAAUAAGGAAAAAAAAAAGAUCGAGCUUCUUUUUUUGUUUGUGUCAAAAAAAAUGGAAGCUAAUGAGAUUUGGCAUUGUUUUUCACCAUCCACUUUAUUCCUCUCCAUUUCCUUUUGAUUUCUCUCAGUUUUCACCUCACAAUAACUCCUCUAAACCAGGUAUUCUUUCUCUCUCUAGGAUGUUGUGAGCUAAACACACUUUCUCUGUGAUAAUUUCAGCUUAAAUUUUGAAUUUUUGAAAAGAAAUGGUGUGGAACAGAUCAAGAGCAGUGAGAACCAAACAAGCUCUAAUGUCUGAUCAAACUCCAUUGUUCCUCUCUCCCACCAAAAGCCCUAAUUCCUCCCCAAUUUCCUCCUUCUUCAAUGGCUUUCUCCUCCCAAAAUCCAAUCUUGAAUCCGAAACCACCAGCCCCACCUCAAUUCUCGACCCCAAAAUCCCCAAUUUCCAAAACCCCUUCGCCCUCGACCCGCCUCUCCCGCCGCCGCCGCGCCACCACGACUUCGAAAAAUCGAUUGGGCUAGCCCUAAUCGACUCGAUCGCCGACGAUUUGGGCGGCGGCGAUUGCCGAUUCCCGAAGCCGAUUAAUCGGCUGGCGCUGAAGGUGCAGAUUCCGGAGAUCAGCAGCUCGAUUUCGGCGGCGGUGAGUGAGCAAUCGCCGAGAUCGCCUGCGGAUUUUGGGAUCAAGACGCGGGGGUUGCAGAUGACGAGUCCCUUCGGCGGCGGCGGAGGAGGAGGAGGGAAGGGUUUUGUGCGGCAGCUGUCGCUGAAGGAGAUGGAGAUGUCGGAGGAUUACACGUGCGUGAUCAAGCACGGCCCCAAUCCAGAAACUAAACAUAUCUACGAUGACUGCAUUUUGGAUGAUCAUGAUUCAAAAUUGGAUCUUCCGCAGCCCCAAAUUGAGGAAUCGAAGGAUUUCUUCAGCUUCUGUCACGCUUGCAAAGCUGUUCUUCAAGAGGAUAAAGACAUUUACAUUUACAGGGGUGAGAAAGCAUUUUGUAGCCAAGAAUGCCGCAGCAAAGAAAUGAUUUUUGAGGGGAUGGAGAAUCCAGGGGCAUUUUAGGGAUUUUGGCCACAAAUUAAUGUGAAGAUUUUUUUUUUGUUUUUGAAUCUUCUGAAUUUUUGUUGCUUCUCUUUCUCCCUUUGCAUAUAUACAGAUAAAUGGGAGGCAGAAAUCAUUGCUUGGAACUUGUUUCACAUAUGAUGAAUGAUUUUGGCAAUUGAAACAUUUGUAAGAAUUGAUCAGUGGUUAAUUAAAACAUUGUAACUUUAAGGCAA